AUGGUCAAGCUGUUUUCGAGAAAGAUCGACCAGCUGGCGGAGGGAGCAAGUGUGGGAGGGGGUGCCGACCACGAGGGAGGAGGCGAGAAGACGGGACGCGUCGUGAUUGAGUACAGCGUCGAGGAGGAGGAGGAGGAGGAGAUCGAGGAGGAUACAUCGAGGCAGGCUCAGCACGGGGCGAGCGGCCCGGGCGGCGAUGCGAACCAGGACGAGGACUCGAGCUCGGAAUCGAGCCCCGGCUCGAGCUCGAGCGAUGAGUCGGUCGAGGACGACGGCGAGGGCGCCGGACAUCGAACGGAGCGUACGGGGGAGCACGGAGUGGCGCUCGGGGAGCGGGUGGACGAGCGAGUAGAGCUUAUCGAGCAGCAGGCGACAGGGGAAACAAAGACUGUCGAGGAGCAGGAGGGCGGAGCGGCUGCGCAGGAGGGUGGGGUCGGAGGGCAGCAGCAGGUGGUGGGCGAGGUGGCUGCGCAGGAGGGCGGGGCAGGAGGGCAGCAGCAGGAGGGCGUGGCGGCUGCGCAGGUGGGUGGGGCAAGAGUGCAGCAGCAAGAGUUUAGGGUUGCGGCUGCGCGGGUGAGUGGGUCGGGAGGGCAGGAGCAGGAGGUCGGGGAGGCUGUUGAGGAGUAUCGUCGAGGAGAUGAGCGACAGGCCGCCGUAACAAGGAGUCACCGCACGGCCAGUGGCAGCGGACAGGCGGGCCCUUCGACCGGGUGGCCUUCGACGGCAGGCCAAUCGACGGCGAACGUUGCACCCGGAGGCCAGGUCGUCGAGCUACUGCAGAGGGUCGAGAAGGUCGAGGCGUCACAGAAGCAGCUCGUCGCCGAUGUAUUUGCGAAACACACUGAGCAAGCCGGAGUAUUCAACAGGCUUGCGGCGGAUUUUCGGACGGCGUGGAAUACGAUUUCGGAGUUGUCGAAGAGCACACUGUCGCAGUGUGCCGAGGCUGUGAAGGGUGUCACGGCGGAGAGGAACCUGUUGGAAGGGGCGCGGGCGAAGAUCGACGAGAUGAGCGGGAAGAUCAUCGAGGGGGUGGUAGCCGCCAUCACAAAAGCGAGCGAGGACGCCGUCGAGAAGCAGCUCAAGCAGGUCGAGGAGCGGCUGGUUGCUGCGGUGCUGAAGGGUUUCGAGAAAGCCAUCAUGGAGGACAUGUUUUGCUCCACUCUCCCACCCGAGACCAUGAAGGAGCUGAAGGACAUUGUGAGGGAAGGAUACCAAGAAGCCGAAGCAGGGAGGUUGGAAGUCCUCACCGAAGCGAUGGCGAGAGGUUUUCAGCGCUCGACGGGCCCGUCGACGAGGUCGCGUCAGGAGGGUGUGGGAGGGGUUCGCAGCGGGGCUGAGCCUCGAGGUCACGAGCGGUCGGUUCCUCCGUCUUCUUCGGCGGGAGGACAUGUCGGCAGCCCGGUUGGAUCCCCACCGGCGCGUGGCCGUCAUCCCGUCGCCAAGCCCGUCCCCGAAGUCAUCGUACUCGACCAGUCAGCCCUCCCAAAGACCUCCGUAGCGGCUCCGAUCGAUCAACCUGAUGCGUUUGCUUCGAUGCGGGACAUGCUGCAAGACCUGGGGAAAACGGGUGGGAAAGGAGUGGUCGCGGGGGAGAAAAGUGGUGCCCCGAACGAGCACGUCGCCUCGACCGGGAACAGAGCCCUAGGAAUGCGAGGUGCCUCUACCCCGUCAGGCGGCGGUGCAGGGAAAGGAGCGGGAGAAGCAAGCGCUGGGUUGCUGUCGAAGCCUAAAGCGGCAUCAGCUGCGCACGGCGGUGGUGCUGGCCUUGCUGCCGGGCUUGUGGGAAAUUGGGCGUCUUCCUCAACCCCUCCAGUUGCUCCUUUCGCCGCUGCUCCGUCCCUAGGCAACGUUUGCCUUAGCGAUCCGGGCUCCCCUUCAAAGUCGAAGAAGAAGCCGGCUGCGACGAAGUCGUCGAAGCGCGCUGCACACGCGACAGAGAGCCUUGACGUGGUGGAGCUGUCCAGCGUCCCUGGUCAGGCGCCUGUCGAGAAGACCUCUAUUGUCGUUGCUGCUCGACAGGAAAAGGCGAAGAAGGCCAGGGUCACGGGUCACACCCCACCUCCUCGACCGGACGACCAAGGCAAGACGAGAGGCUACAAACGUCCCUUCAAAGGACCGGGUUUCGGGUUGCGGAAGGGGAAGCUGGUUUCCGAGCAGACCGUCGGUGGGAGGAAGCGGUUCCUUGGCACAUUUGAAACAGAGAAGGACCAGAAGUUUUGUACGGCCGUCUGCUGGCGCGUGUACUUCCCCGACGUUGUCCUUACGGAGUACGAAGGGUACACGGCGCAGGAUGAGGAGGACUGGAAGGUCUACCUUGAUGCGGCCGCAGAAAUGCCAACCGGCGUUUGGAGCGUGGCGCAAGAACAAGGGGAAUGCCGUUUUGACGAUUACCUGUCGCUGUUGGCGACGGCAAAAAAGGAAGCGAAAGCUGGAACCGAGAGGGGAAUCGCGCUGUGCGUGGCGAUUGGUGAGGUCGCGACGCUUGGCCUGAAGCACGGGAAUCUGAUUUACCCGGUCCCGAAGGGCAUGGCGGCGACACCGCACAUGAUGGUCAUCGCAGCAACUGUGGCGAGCUUGUGGGCGGCCUGCAGGAAGUUGUCGAGGGAGGAUAUUAAGAAGGACGCCCUAGCUGCCGCAAACGGGGCGAUCUACGCCCCGGAGACUGCAAAGAAGGCUUGUGUGGCUGCCAUGUCCGCACUCGUGUCCAUACUUUUGCACGUCGGCAAGAGGUUCCCGGCGAAGCAGUGGCCCGAUCACCUGUAUUCGUCGGCUGUCGAAGGUCUCGGCUCGACGGACGCCAUAUUGCUGCAGAUGCUGCGCGUGGCAGCACAGGUCUGUACGCAAUGGUGCUGCUGUCGAGCUGCUGCCCGCUUGCUGGAGGACGCGGGCUAUGGCAGCCUGGCUAUGCCAGAAGAAAAGAGCAAGGCGAAGCAGGGCGUCGAGGAUGCAGCUGAGACGGAAACUAGCGGGCAAGGGGAGUAG